AUGUCUGAUUAUCCAGGAGGAACUGGAGGAGAAGAUCUUUCUCUCCCAAAGGCAACCGUACAAAAAAUAAUAGGAGAAAUCUUACCAUCAGAUAUUGCUAUAUCAAAGGAAGCUCGAGAAGCCAUUACAGAAUGUAGCAUUGAAUUCAUCAUGAUUUUAUCCACACAACUGAAUGAUAUUGCUGAAAAGGAGGCUAAGAAAACAAUUGCUUCUGAUCAUGUUGUGAAGGCAUUGGAAGAAUUAGGAUUUCAAAAUUACCUUGAAAUUGUAAACAAAAUUCUAGAUGAACAUAAAGAAUUACUCAAGGGUAAAGAAAAGAAGAAUAAUAAAUUCCAAAAUUCUGGUAUGACUGAAGAAGAAUUGUUACGGAAACAAGAAGAAUUGUUUAGAAAGUCAAGAGAUCGAUUACAAAACACUGGUAGUGGAGAUGUUAAGAACGAAUCGGAAGAAACUGUAUAA